AUGGCAGAUUGGAGUAAAGACCAGUUCAUGUCGGCAUGGGACCAGAAAUACGUCUCUACCAACCUUAAACCAGGCUCAAGGCCAUACGACGAGGCCUUCUUCCUCAACCUCAAUUCCGACUUAGUCACCUCACGACCUGACUUGAAACAUAUCUCAUAUACCCUCAUCGCCGCGGCAUGUUGCGCAGCAGGCCGCGCCGAUAUCGUGGGCAAAUUCUUCGACGACCUGACUAGGACCUCUUCGCCCGAGGAAUCAGAGCAAACCUUCCUCCGUCUCCGGGAGGCCAUCACCAUCAUUAUGCCCUACCUCGGGAUGCCAUCUUGUGUCCCAGCAUGCUACGGCAUGAUUGGCGUGAUACAACGCAAAGGCCAGCAAUUCGCAUCGACGAAGGUUCUCCGUAAGAAGACCAUCUCUGAGGAAGACGUGCGCAAAGGCUACGAUCUGCGCGCACAGAUCUACAAGGGCGUAGGAAACUCCGAGAUCUUCGACCUCAUGGAAAAAUACUUUACUGAUCUCUAUACAACCUCGACUGUCGUCACCUGGGGGUACUUGAUCUCCAAAGCCAACGAGGAGGUCUUCCAGCCUCAGGAUUCGCACCUCAUCGUCGCAACCGCGAUCAUGGCUCUGGGUGCUACCCGCCAGACGAAAAGCCACAUCAAGGCUACGUUGGGUAUUGGCAAUUCGGUGCAGUGUGUGAAGACGGUGGUGGGCGUCGUCACUCGAAUAGCUGAGUGGGCUGAUCGUCCUCGACUUGGACCUUUCGAUGUGGAUCAGCUGGCAGUUGAGAUUCGGGAGGCGCUGAAACAAUAA